AUAAAAAAGAAAUUUUCUGUAUGUUUGCGUUUCGGCAGUCCGAGGAAACAAAGAGAACCACCUAAAAACCCUAACUAAUCUCUUUUGUCUUUUCACAUUCCUUGUGCUCGAAUUCUUAUUUAAGAAAAUGUCCCUCACCACUUCAUCCAGAAAACAAGGUGAAAAUCAGCCCGACGAUGGCGCUUCUCCCGCGAAGCCACCUCGCAUUAAAAUCGGAAAGUCUAGUGAAGAUAGCGACAAAAAGGGUGCCCACAGGAGGGUUAAAGAUGUUGAAAUUUGUGUUCCAAUAGUAUAUGGAACAAUUGCAUUUUAUCUUGGCAGAAAGGCCAGUGAGUCUCAGUCGCAUAAGUGGACAGUCUAUGUACGUGGGGCAACAAAUGAAGAUCUUGGUGUGGUGAUUAAGCGGGUGGUGUUUCAAUUGCAUCCUAGUUUCAAUAACCCUACAAGAGUGCUUGAAUCGCCGCCAUUUGAGUUAUCAGAAUGCGGAUGGGGUGAAUUUGAAAUUGGCAUCAGCCUUUUUUUCCAUAAUGACAUAUGUGAUAAGCAGUUGGAUUUAUUUCACCAUUUGAAGUUAUAUCCUGAAGAUGAAUCUGGCCCUCAAACAACCAAGAAACCUGUUGUAGUAGAAUCAUACAAUGAAAUUGUAUACCCUGAUCCAUCUGAGAAUUUUUUGGCCCGUGUUCAGAAUCAUCCAGCUGUUAUUGUGCCUCGGAUGCCUGCUGGUUUCAACUUGCCCUAUCCUGUGUCAAUUGAGAGUGUGAAUGAAAGGGAGAAAGGCGAUACCAAAGAUCACCCCCUUAGUCAAUGGUUCAUGAAUUUCUCAGAGGCUGAUGAGCUUUUGAAGUUGGCAGCAGCUCGUCAACAGGUACAAGCUCAUAUCGUUAAGCUGAGAAGACAAUUGAGUGUAAUGGAUGGGCCGCCUCCGUUGUCGAAACAACCAACUGGUUAUGAUUAUACAUGAUCCACUGAUGUAUACGUGGAAGACAUGAUACAUGAUUCUGUAAAUGUCAAUUAGCUUAGUUCUAGUGACAUUUUCUUACUUUUAAUCUUUGUCUGUAAUAACCAACUGAUACUUGAUAUAUUCAAAUGCACAGUUACAUAAUAGUGUAAAACCAGAGUACAGAUGUUCUUU